UCUGUUCUUGUUUACUAUUUACUCUAUUGUAGUUAUCUUUACAAGUUUUCUUCUUUCGUAAGCAAAACGAAAAUUAAAAAAAAUCGUGUAGCCGAGUCAAAACGGUCUGGGUUUCUCCUAAUUUUCCCGAGUCACUGAUUUUGUGUGUGUGUGAAUUUCUUCACUUAUGGGUAUGGAUCUGCUUCUUAGAUGGAGGGUCAUCCGUUGUGUGUAUAUUUGCUAACGUUCUGUUGUAUUUCACGAGGUGGUCGGUUGGGUGGGGGCUUUUCGGGGUUGUUUUUUCCUUUUCUUUUUUACUCUUUCGAGUCGAGUCGGCUACUGAGUCAACUCGUUGGGUUCGGGGUAGGAAGUGCGUGCGACCAGUGUUUAUCUCCGGGCGGCGAUGCCUUCUGUGGGGAUGAAACGGAGCACACGGGUUUGCGGUAUGAAGAGCUCGGAUGCCCGGGUUCUUCGUUCCGGGAGGAAACUCCGGCAAGAUUCCGGCGAAGUAAAGCCCAAGAGGCGCUUCAACGACGGCGUUGAGUUCAACAACUCGGUGAAAAAGACCCCAAAGAGUGAAGUACAUAAGUCUCCUGCAGACGUAAAUCAGAAACCCAAAAGACUGUGCCGCGAAGAGAAUCCAAAGAAACGGUCCAGGAAACUGAAAGCUGAAGCCAAAAACAAUGGUGGCUCUGUAGAUAAGAUGUUUGGGAUUGUUUAUACGAGAAAAAGGAAGAGAAACGCUGUUCAAAAGUGUCAUCUUUCGGAAAAAUCGGAGCCGCCGGUUGGUUCUACUGUGCUUGAAUUCAAUAAAUUUGGGAGCAAAGUCGUUUCGCAUCCAUGUUUUAGAGCUUCGAAACUAACAGUUCGAAGCAGUAUUCAGAAGAGGAGGAGCUCGCUGAGGAAAAUGAGAGCUAGAAACCCUAAUUCUACUGGAGCUCUGAUGUCUGAUUUGAUAAGUAGCAGGAGGAAUGGGAUUCCUUUUUCAUCCGUAGUUUCUAAAAACAAGCUUAGGAGUUCAAUCCGCAGUUCGGGGUCAGACUUGAGUGAUGCAAGCUCUUCAAUAUCGGAUUUAAUGCCGAAGGUAGAGAUGGAGUCGGAUUCAUUUCAAUGCUCUGCCAAUGUAUUGAUCAUUGAACCUGAUAAAUGUUACAGGGAAGAAGGAGCAAUCGUCACUUUAGAGCUCUCUGCAUCAAAAGAAUGGCUUUUUGUAGUGAAAAAGGACAAUAAGACUAAGUAUGCACAGAAGGCAGAUAAAUUUAUGAGGCCACCCUCACUCAAUCGCUUCACAAGAGCUAUGAUUUGGACCGGGGAUGAUACCUUGAAGCUCGAGUUUCCAAAUCGGCAAGAUUGGAUCCUUUUCAAGGAUCUUUACAAGGAAUGUAAUGAGCGCAAUGUUCCUGCUUCAACUUGUAGAGUGAUUCCUGUUCCUGGGGUUCGUGAAGUAUCAGGGUAUGAGGGUAAACCUAGUGUGCUGUUUCGAAGACCGGAUUCAUAUAUCUCAUUUGAUGGUGAUGAGGUGUCAAGAACCUUGGCAAAGAGGACUGCUAACUAUGACAUGGAUUCAGAAGAUGAGGAAUGGUUAAAGAAGUUCAAUAAUGAGUUUUUUCAAGGAAAUGGUCAUUGUGAACAUCUUUCAGAGGAUCGUUUUGAGUUGAUGGUUGAUGCUUUCGAGAAGGCAUGUUUUUGUAGCCCAGAUGAUCACUCAAAUGUGAUUGCUGCUGCUGCUGAUCUGGAUAUUAGUGGAGUGGUUGAAGUUGUUCAUGCUUACUGGUUGAAAAAAAGGGAGCAAAGGCGAUCACCACUGCUUAGAGUUUUCCAGGGUCAUCGGGUCAAGAAGGCUCCAAUAGUUCCACAGCCUUUCCUACGUAAAAGGAGGUCAUUUAAGCGUCAAGCUAGCCAUGCAAGAGGGAAGCAACCGAGUUUUUUUCAAGCCAUGGUAGCCGAACAGGAUGCAUUGGUAGAAGAGGAUGUAAUGGUUAAGUUGGAAGAAGCUAGAGCCGCAGCAAUGAGAUCGAUAGAAUCAGCUAUCUUGAGUCGCCAGCAUGCUCAGUUGCUAAUGCAAAAUGCCGAUAUGGUUACAUACAAAGCUAUUAUAGCACUCAGAAUUGCUGAAACUGCUAGCCUUGGCGAAUCGUCGGAAGAUUCAGUCACCCACUUUUUGGUCGAUGAGGUGCCGGUAGUCAGCUAGUAAGGCAAGUUUGGUUAACAGUAGUGUAAUAAUGUAUAGCUUUUUAAUUGAAUUUGAAUGUACAUUGUGUAUUACUAUGUAGCUUGAUGUCAUACCAAAAUUGUUUUUGCCAGAUAUUUGGUAGAGAAAUAUGAAAAAAGGAGAUAAUUACAG